GCGCGUUGCCGCCGCCGUCGUCUUCGCUUCUUCUUCUUCUUCUUCGCUGGUGCUUCUACUCCUUCUUCUUCUUCUUCCUCGGUUUGUCAGCUGGUCUCAAGGUCGACUGGUAAAACCAGACCGGUCUCCACAGAAGCGAGUAAUCUCCUGCGGAGACUCGGCGCGGCGUCGGGAGGCCCUCGUGAACACGAGCGUAUGGCGAGACACUUUGAGAUUAGGAGAGACCGAUUUUCUGCGAGGAGACCAACCGAAACGGGUUCCCCGCACGCAUGCACGCAUGCACGCACGCACACCGCGAAGGGCCUCGAUUGGAAUAUUUCGUGUAUAUUAUUUGCACCGACAAAGUACUGUCGUCACGUCAGAGGUGACUUGCCUUUAAGGGUUAAGGACGACAGUAUUGGUAACCCGUCAUUUGGAAACGAUUGGAAUUCCAAAAUAAAAGAAUGCAAGGCUACAAAAGUACAAUUUGAAAUAACCAAGUCGAGCCUUCAUAUUUGUUCGGUUUUUCUUUGUUUUGUGAUUUAUGCUGAGUCCCCGACUUCUCUUUAUAAGGAUACUUUUGAAUUUGUUAAACGUUGGAACUGUUUUUUUCGUUGCGGUUCGAUUAUUUAUAAGGACCACAUGCACAUAAUAUCCGCAGUCUUGCGAUGAGUCACUUGAGGCGAGUUCGGAAGAUACACAUUCCGAAAUGUGUCCUCGCUGCUGGUGGAGGCGGAGAAAUAUUUGCUGAGUCAACAAACCUAAGUAACUACAAACAACUACAUUAAUUCAUAAAAUCUUGUGAACCGAAACUCUUGAUACCGUUUCACAGGAGACUUUCUAAAAACUAAGUAUGAGUCACGAAAAACUUCGUUGCCAAAUAUUUUCACGGAACAUUA